AUCGUCACUUCCCGGGGGAAGCACAUGCUCUCCGAGGGGUGGCGUGGCGGUGGUGGCGCUAACCCCAGCUCGAGAACAUUCCGCCCCUCUUUAUUGCCUUGCCCCACACAUUACCGUCCCUCGUUCGCUCGCUCGAUUCGAAGGAUUUCAUCAACGCCUUCAACUAUUACUACAGAACCACGAACGCAAAGAUGAGCACCGAAUCAAAGAAGAAACUCGCGCUCGCGGUCAUCGACUUUCUUACCACCUCUACCACCGACGGCACCCUGAGCCCCGACGAGAAGGAGUCCAUAGAGGUCGCUACCCAAUGCAUCGCGGAUGCGUUCAAAGUCGAUCCCGAGGAUAAAGCCGCUGUUGCCGAUGCCCUCGGCGGCCAGUCACUCGUGGCCAUCUACAGCGUAUUCGAGAAGAUGAAGGGCAAGACAACACCGAAGCCUGCGGCCUCCACCACCCCCGCUGCCGGUGCCGGUACCAAGCAGCCAACCGAUGCUGAGAAGGCAGAGGCCGAAGCUUUGAAGAGCCAAGGAAAUGCUGCCAUGUCGAAGAAAGACUACACUGGCGCUAUCGAUUUCUACUCCCAAGCUCUCAACAUCCACCCCAACAACCCCAUUUACCUUUCGAACCGUGCUGCGGCGUUCUCGAAUACCGGAAACUAUGAUGCUGCGAUCAGGGACGCCGAGACCGCCGUUGAUACCGAUCCUUCAUACAGCAAGGCCUGGUCGCGCCUGGGACACGCGAGAUACUCCAAGGGCGACAACCGUGGAGCGAUGGAGGCGUACAAGGCCGGCAUCGACGCGGAGGGCAACGGCGGAACUCCAUUAAUGAAGGUCGGAUACGAAACAGCCAAGAAGAGGGUCGAUGCCGAGGAGGCCGUCACGAGCCGGGGAGGACCUAGCAGUGGCGGGCCUGGUGCGGGAGGUCCAGGCGGUUUCGACAUGGCGAGCAUGCUCAACAACCCCAUGCUCGCAAAUCUUGCGAAGGAGAAGCUCGGUAACCCGGCUGAGAUGCAGAACAUGCUCAAGGGACUCCUCGGUGGUCAGGGUAUGCCAGACAUGAGCGAGAUCGCGGGCCUUAUGCAGAACCCCCAGUUUGCUGCGAUGGCUCAGAACAUCCUUGGUAGCCUUGGUGGAGCUGGCGGAGCAGGUGGUUUCCCCGGCGGACCCGGCGGACCCGGUGGAUUCGGUGGAGCUGGCCCCAAUAAUUAAACGGCAUUUGGGAAGAGGAUUCGUUUUUAAUGUUUUUUUUCAUGGCUUUCCGGGCCCCGGUUGACAAAUCUGUUCGUGCAUUGUUAUCUACCUACUUGUUCAUUUAUCACCUUCCGCUGGGUGUUGUUUUCGAUACGAACGAUGGUGUUCACUACGUACCGAAUCGCAAACCACCGGCGUGAGCCGGGCAUU